CAUUGUGGGCCGGAGAGCUGAGUCCCUGCUGAGUCUGCAGGUCUCGGCUUGCACAGUGGAAUCACCUGCGGGGCUUCUGCAGGCCUGAGCCUCGGCUGCCUACAGACAGUGACCUCGGAACUUCUGGGCGAGGGGCAGCGGAAAGGGUCCUGUGUGAAGCUCCCACAUGAUUCCAGUGAGCGGCCACCGUGCAGACCUGCUCCCUUACCUUCACUCCAACCCAGCAUGGCAGGCUCAAGUAGCACUUGGUCAUCCGGCAAGCAUCUGUUUAAAGUCAUCCUGAUGGUCCUAGUGGCCCUUGUCCUCCUCCACUCAGCGUUGUCUGAGUCCGCUCAGGACUUUGUGCUACCCGGCCAACAGAAGAGGGAGGUCCCACUCGAUCUCUUGAGCCAGACAGGACGGUCCGUGCGGAGAACCCUGGAUGCCUGGGUUGGGCCGGAGACCAUGCACCUGGUUUCUGAGACCGUGUCCCAGGUGAUGGGCGUCGUCUCCUCAGCCAUCUCUGUGGGCUUCUUCGCUCUGUCUGGGAUCUCCGCACAGCUGCUGAAUGCCCUGGGACUCGACGGAGAUCACCUCACCCAGGGCCUGAAGCUCAGCCCCAGCCAGGUCCAGACCUUUCUGCUGUGGGGAGGGGCGGCCCUGGUCAUCUAUUGGCUUCUGUCUCUCAUCCUCGGCUUGCUCUUGGCCUUGUUGGGGCGGAUCCUGUGGGGCCUGAAGCUUGUCCUCUUCCUGGUCGGCUUUGUGGCCCUGGUGAGGUCGGUGCCCGACCCUUCCACCAGGGCCUUGCUCCUCCUGGCCUUGCUGACCCUUUACGCUUUGCUGAGCCGGCUCACUGGGAGCCGAGCCUCGGGGGCCCAGCUGGAGGCCAAGAUUCGGGCGCUGGAGCGCCAGGUGGAGGAGAUGCGCUGGCGGCAGAGGCGAGCAGCCAAGGGGACCCGGGGCGUGGAAGAGGAGUGAGAAGGACGCCUGGCAAUGCCACCUUCGUCAUACCAAAGAGCUGAGCUGCUUCUGGGCCGCUGGACCUCCUUCCAGCCCCACGCCCCUCUCUUGCCCUGUCUCUGAACCCUCAGAACUUUGAUCUCUGCACCAGACCCCCUAGCUGAGAGGGAGGACGACCAUUCCCCCUGCUGGUCUUCUCUCUGGGGUUGGUUUGUUCUCUUACCCCUUUCUUGGCCCACCCCCACCCACCCGCCACCUGUCUCAGCCAGGGUAGCUUGGAGAGCAGCCUUCCCGCUCCCCCCAGCUUUUGCAUCUGCCCUCAGCAGACGUCACUACCCCUGGCUGCCUGUGAUUCUGCCACCAUCUUGCCUUCUUGCUGUUGCUGUUGCUCUCUGUCCUUCUCUUGCCUGUCUUUUGCCGAGUCCCAACUCCCUUCCUGUUUGUCUCCUUCCAGCCCUGUGCUCCAACCAAACCACUGUCCCUCAAAGCCUGCUCCUGUCCCCUUCAUUGCCCAGUGUGGGAAAGAGGCAGGGUAUAUGGGACUUGAGGGGAAGAGAAAUGGGGAUGUUCCCCCAUGGGGCUGGGGGUGAGAUGUACAUUGAGUCUGUUACAAGUGCCUUAAUCCGAGCCGGUGGGCCCUCCGCCUGCCUGCUGCCCCGCUGCAUAUAAGAAAGCAUGCUGUGGUCACUCCGAGUCAAGGAAGAGAGUGGUUCCUCUCAGGACCUUGAUUCCCCCUGCAGCCAAAGCAAAAGGUGACUACUUUGUAGGCUGUGCCUGCACAUAGGACUGUGUGGUGGCUGUCAGAUCCCCUGUGGGAAUUCCAGGGACCUGAGGAGGAAGGAGGACUCCUCUGUCUGCAAAGCUCCAGGCGGGUCUCCAUCUCUGUCUCCACUCACUGCCACCAAGGAGUCGCUGACCAGGGCCCACUCCAGUGGCCUGGGAGAAUCAUGGAGCAGAUACACCAGAAAUGGCACCACAGCCCUUUCCCCUCACGCUCUGCAGGGAGCAGGGGGAGCCCACAGACCCCACUCCACUCCACCAGGGCUCUCCGACGUCCUUAGAGGCUCUCCCAGCGGUGCGCACCUGACCCACGUGACGGGAAGAGGGAAUAAAUGCCCAGUUCUCACUGUUGAGGCCCAGCGUGGAAUCACAGCUGCAGCGAUAUAUAUUUUUAUCAGUGCUUGGUUGGUUCUAAAUAAAGUGCUCGCCAUUUUAUUAUCUUGUUCUGUAUAACA